GCUAAAUCGUCCAGUAAGUGCGGUAGCCGAGCCGAACCGGCCCCCGCACCCCAACACGCACGCACAGGAGCAGAAGAAGAAUAGAAUUGCGAACCAACAAGCAAGCAAGCCGCACACGGCCUAGGCCCGUGAGCUGCUGCAGACAGAGGAGAUAAUAUCAUGUUUUACAAGACCAAGAUGUGCCCGGCGUGGCUGAGGGGCCACUGCCCCGUCGGACCACGAUGCACCUACGCUCACUCACAGGUAAGUCUGAUAGAGAUAAAGAGGGAGGGAAGGGGGGAGGGACCGGGAGGCAGGGAGGGAGGAGAGAAGAGGGAAAUAGAUGGCGUGACGUGACACUGUGCGUGUGUGUGUGUGUGUGUGUGUGUGUUCAGGGCGAGAUGCGACCGCUGCCCAACUUGGAGAAGACUAAAGUCCGUCCGUCAGCUCAGCCAGGCAGCUAGCUGGGAUGGGCAGGAGGGAGGGAGGCGUUAAUCUUGGUGUGGUGUUAACUUGAUGUGGUUGGUUGGUGUGGUGUGCAGCUGUGUGAGUCUGUGCGGAAGAAGCUCCCGUGUGAGGUUCCCGACUGCCGCUACGCACACUCACAGGAGGAAAUGCGGCCCUCACCCGAGCUCUCAGAAUACAAAACCUCCAUGUGCCUCUUCUACAGACAAGGUAGGUGAGAAGCUGUCUGUGUGUCGAUGGAUGGGCUCACACACCAUGGCUGUCUGUCUGCCUGUCUGUCUGCCUGUCUGUGUGCAGGUCGGUGUUUGAACGGCGAUAAAUGUCGGUUUGCCCACGGCCGGGGGGACCUCCGCUCGCGCCGCACACCCACACCCGCAGCCACACCGCCCUCGGUGGUCGACGAUGAUACCACCACCAGCACCACCAGCACGACGACGCCCAUCGAGCACCACGCGCGUGACGGCAACUCGGUCAUCUUGUUCACCAGGAGCAAAGAGAGAUUCGUCGACACUGACGCGGUGGUCGGACCGGGGGCGGCACCCUACUGUAGCCCCUAUCACUAUCACCACCACCAGAGCGAGAAGCCGACCGACUAUUACAACGGACCGCCGCACUACACGUAGGGCCCCGCACCCAUCGGUCACGACGGCCACACACACGUCACACGCGUCCUCUGUCCUCUGGCCUCUUCAUUCAGGCUGGCGAGUGAGUAUCAUUCCUUCUCGGCCGUGCCCGGUGCGACGCACCACCCCGACCCACACCCCUACUCCCGCCCGCCGCCGCCGCCAUACGACCCAGACACCCCUCACGAGACGGCAACGUGGGGCAAAUCGUUCACGGCAGCCGUCAGCCGAGGGUGGGUGGCUGGGCAGCUCAGAUAAGCCGUGGGAAUGCACCUUGUGACGCUCUCUCUCUCUCUCUCUCUGUGUGUGUGUGUGUGUGUCUGCAGGUCGGUGUUUGGCCGUCUGGUGAAUAUCUGUGGGAUCUGUUAUGAGCGGGAGUCAGACGUCAAGCUGAUGCCCUGCAGGGAGGUCAAGAUGUGCUAUGUCUGCUGGGACGCACACAAGCGCAGGUUUGAGGAGCUGCUGGCGCAGACACGGGCGGCCGGCAAGCCCACUGCUGCCGCUGAGGAGCCAAAGCUGCUGUGCCCAUUCUGCCGACGGUGAGUGAGACAUACGAUGGAUGGAUGGAUGGGGAUGUCUCCCUCUCUGUGUGUGUAUGUGUGUGCAGAGAGGUGUUGUUUGCGGGCAGCAAGACGGAUGUCGUCCGUUGGGCUCUGCAGGACCUCGAGAACGACGAGUGAGUGAGGUCUGCCUGGUCUGCCUCAGGACCGUUCGUUUUAAACGAAGUGGUUUGUCGCCUCUUUAUUAACGAGCGAGAUAGAUUAUGUCAUGGUUUUCGGUGUGGUGGGGAUUGGGGGUGGUGUGACUGACUGCCUGCGUCCACACGCGGGAAUUGUGUGACGAAUCAAUGGGCUGGCUGUACUUGUGUCUGUCGAGAUGACAGCAGUACCUCCCUUCCCCUCCCCUCGGCGGUGAGGGAGGGUAUGUGUGUGCGAGUGUGUGUAGUGAUCAAAGUGCGUGUGUGGGGGAAUUGAAUGAGAGCAAGGGUAUUCAUCAAGGCACACACACACUCAUAUCAUGGGGUGGUUGGUUGGUUCGCAACACGCGCAGUCGAGACGACUGACAAACAGGGAGGAAAAAAAAAGUGCGUCGUACGACAUACCUCGACAGCCACCAGCACGAACACGACAACGAGAAGUGAGUGAGUCAGUCAGUGGACGGCAGACAGACAGAUAGACGCUCAGGUAUAC